AAAUAAACCAGAACAUAUAUCAUUUCAUCACUAUAACUAUAAGCAAAUAUCACAAAAUAAGACGGCAAUAGUCACUACAUCAGCUAAUGACUUGAAUAUAAUAAACCCUUCGAACGGAAAUAUUUUAAAUAGAGUUAAUUACGAUAUGUUAUUAUCUUCAAAGUUAGAUCAAGACGUUUUGAUCACUCUCAACCAAGAUUAUAAUCUACAGAUCUACGAUGGUCACAGUUUCAUGAACUAUUGGAAUACAACAUUAGAGGAGUCUGACUAUUAUCAGCUUGAUUUCGUUAGGAGUGAUGAUCAUCCAAUUAUUGCUUUAAACUCUAAUAAACUGAUUUGCCUUGAUUUGUUGUCAUCAGCUUUGAAUUGGGAGGUAGAAGUCAAUGGUUAUUACAAUCUCCAUAGCCAACCAAACGGAAUUUACCUAUACAAUGAUAAUAACUUAUUAUCAAUAGAUCCAAAAUCUGGUAAAGUUAUCUCUGACGUAAAGUUAAAUGGUCAUAUUGAUUUGAAGAUAAUGAAUGAUUACCUGGUUAGUUUAAACAAGCAAUCUAAGUUAGAAGUACUCAACUUGAAAACCUUAAAAAAUGUCAAAACAUUCAACAAACCAGUUACGAGCUUAGUCAAUUUGGAUCUUUCGCCAAGAAACCUUUUUGGUGUAAUGAACAACGAUGAUUUGGAAGUAUACUCUUUGGAAAAUGACUCUUUGAAGAAUAUCUACACUUUUAAAAAUGAUAAUAGUCUAUCACAUUUUAAUGGCUCAAUUGAUAAACAAGACAGAGCAUUUGUUAUUAAGACCUCACUCACAGCUUCAAUGAAGGCAAUUAAAAUUGAUAUAUUUACUCCUGAUGGACCUGAUGGUAAUAUGGAAAAUGUAUAUACAAUUCCAUUUGAUCACACUAAGCAUGGAUAUCCAGUCAAAGUAAUAGCUGAGGCUACAAUAACUAAUAGUUAUAAUUCAAUAGCAAGAAUUGCUUUCGUUACAACAUCUGGUACUUUUGAAUUAUAUCAAGGUGUACAACAAAAAUGGGUGAAAGAGAUUGGUCUAUCUGAUCCUACUUCAAUGGUUGUUGUUGAUCUACCACAAAAUGAUGACUCUUUGAUAGAUUCAGUUGAUAAUAAUAAUCUAUACUCAUUCAAAACAAGAAUUGUGAAUCACUUAAAGAACAUCAAAUAUUUACCUUCCUAUCUUUAUGGCUUUGGUACAAGGUUUGUAACAGGAGAAAGAAUGAAAGAAUCCGACUCACUUGUAAGGGACUUGUUUGGCUACAGAAAAAUACUCAUUGUUGGUACGAAAUAUGGAAAAUUAGUUGGGUUAGAUACAGCUAAUGAGAACAAAAUACUCUGGUCUAGAAACUUUGGUCCAAAUUCUCAAGUUACACACUUAUUCACCACACGCGAAGCAGGUUUGAAUACACCUGCACAUGUUUUAGCAAUAGUUGAAUUGUUAGAAUCAAAUGGAAACAUAAUGACCUUAGCAAUUGAAGUUGAUGCUCAUGGUGGUCCAGCUUUGACAGGUUCUGGUAGUGUAGCUUAUCAACCUUUGGUUAAAGGUAAUCCCAUGAAGGUCAUCCCACUUGAUAUUGAAUGCGGUACAUCCGGAAAUAGAGCUAUUGCUUUAAUUGAUUCAAGUUUAAGUAUCAAUUUGUAUCCAUCUUGCAAAACUGUUAAGUCGAAGUUUAGUGAGAUGGCCAAAGACUUUUAUUAUGCUUUACAACUUUCUGACACCAUCGUUGUUGGUCUCACUCCAUCAAUAAAGGAAGAUGAAAUUAAUUCAGCCGAAGUUUGGUCAUUUGAUGCACCUGAGAAUCAAGUUAUCAUUGGUGUUGAAGAGAGAUUGAAUGCAGCAACCUCUUCUGUUGCACAAAUUGGACCUGACAGGAAAGCGUUGUACAAGUAUUUGAAUCCAAAUGCUAUUCUGAUUACCACUAUGGUUAAGGGUGAAUCAUUGAAGAAACUUUACGUCGUUGACGGUGUAACUGGACAAAUUGAUAGAACUUUUGAAAUUGAAGAUGAAAGUGAAGGAGCUAAUAAUGUUUUCAUUGAUAAUAGGAUAGUAACACUUGCAAGAUCAACUGAUAAGGAUACUAUAAUGUAUUCAAAAGAAUUAUUCACUAAUACUGAGGAUUUAGAGCAUAAGUAUCUACACACACCAUUUUCAAUAAAAGCCAUGACCCCAACUAUAACGAGAAAUGGCAUAAGUCAUAAAGAUAUUAUAGUAGCAAACAAUAAUGAUACAAUAACAUCAAUACCGAGAACAUAUUUGGAUCCAAGCACACCAAAGCAAAUGCAAAUAAAUAAAAAGCAACAGAAAAAGAAUAAAAAGAAUGCACAACAAUUUGACUUAGUUAUUAAUGAUGAUCUCACUAGGAUACCUAAUGAUCCAAAAGCAAUUUUGAAUAAUGAUCCAGUUAUCGGUGUAAAGGAUAUAAAAUGUGUACCUUCAACCCAAUUAGAAUCAACUUCGAUUUGUGUUGCGUACGGACAAGAUAUUGUUGUUAUGAACGCGACACCUUCACGACAAUUUGAUGUUUUAAGUGAAAAUUUCAAUAAAAUUCAAUUAGGUAUAACAAUAGUAGCAUUAUCAGUAGGUCUCCUGAUAGUUAAACCUAUAGUAAAAGCUAAAAAAUUGGAUCUCAAAUGGUUCUGAAAAGACAAAAAUGUAUAAUUACAAUUUAAAUUUAUCUAGCCAAUUAACUAAUCUAUCAAUGAUGCUUUGUAGUUCUUGAUUUACGGGUGGAAUAAUAUCAUGAUCGUAAAUACCUUUCAUGAGAGCAUUUCUAGAGUAAGGUAGAAUUUGAUAGAUAAAAGCGUAUAUUGAAAAAUAGAGUGAUUUUAAAUUUAUAUCAGCUGGUUGAUUGUUUAUUGGAUUAUGUAUCAAUAAAACAGAGAAAAUCCUUGCAAUUGAAAUUAAGGAAUCAUCUAAUGAUUUUAGUAAGGUAUAUUUAAUUGAUAUUGGCGCAAAUAAUCGUAGAGAGUUCAAAUCAUUUAUAAAACUAUUCAACCAGUUUGCUAAUAAAGGAUGAUUAGUUAAAUCUUGCGGUGGUUCAAAACUAAACUGAGUGAGUCGCUUAUAAUUUAAAUGUUUAUUAGAAAGUAAUUUCCUUUGAGUUAUAUCAUUGAUAAGUAAAUUGGAUAGUGGUGUUUUACUUUUUAAUGACUCUUGUAAUUUGUUGGUUAGUAUUCCCGUCGACUGAGUAAAUGAUAUUGAUAGUAAAUUUAUUAUAGAGUUUUCAAUCAGAGUCGAGAUAAAUGAUGAUAUGUCCAGUCCUAUCAAACUAAAUGAUUGGUUUAUAUAGGUUAAUGUACCUGAAAUUGAGGACAAAGCAAGGUAAUUGUCAAUCUUAUUGAAAUUUUUAUUGAUUAGAUUGAAUAAUAUCGUAAAGACAUGCUUAAUAAAAGGCAAGAAUGUCAAAAUGUUUGUUUGAUUGAAAGUGAAAAUUGAUUGAAAUUGACUAAUCAAAUCUAAUAAGAAUUGUCUAGUAAAAUCAAAGUAAUUGUUAAUGAGCAAUUCUAUGUUGUUGUUGUUAUAAUUAUUGAUAUACUCGACGUAAUAAAAUAACCUAGAUUUCAAAUAAAUGAUUGAUAAUUGAUGAUAAUCAAUGCCAAAUACUAAAUUUAAAUAUUUGAUUUGCUUGUUCAACUCAUUUAAUCUUUUAUCUAAUUUAAGGUUUCUUAAUAAUUUGUUCUUAAAUUUGAUUUUGGUUGAGUUUAUGUCAGUUGAUAACUUCUUAGACAAUUCUGUUUCUAUUGUAAUAGAUUUAAAGCUGUCUAACAAAUGUAGAAAAUCUUUAUAAUUAUUGUUAUUCAGAUGUAAGUUUAACUCUUUAUUAAGAUUGAGUAACUUAUCUAGAUCUUGAUAAUUAUUCAAUAAAUGUAAGUUAGAAUUAAUCUUUUCUUUUAUAUUUGAAGAGUUAUUGUUGAAUUUAUCAAAAUCAUUAGAAAUGUUUAAACUAACGUCUAAUCUAUCGACACUAUCUAAUAUAUUAUCAACCGCAGACUUAUUCGUUAGAAAUAGUUUGAAAUCCUUCUCAAAGUUAUUCCUUAUAGUUAAAUUAUUAUCUUUCAAGUCAUUUUUUAAUAUUUUUGGCUUAUUUAAUACUUCUCU